CCCCAGAGUGCCGAGGAGGGCGAGCUGUUGCGCUCCAUCAACCAGGCGCUGCACGACGAGAUCGCCGCGCUCAAGGGCAAGCUGCGAGACACCGAUACGCAGCUACAGGAGGCUUUGAAAUCUCAAGCGGCGAUAACGGGCAGCCCGGUGCCUACCGGUUCCAGCGGAGACGUCAAGACGGAUGCAGGCACGGCACGGCGUUGCGACAUGUGCGCGAACUACGAGAAGCAGCUGGUGGCCGAGCAAGCCGCCGCCGACGCCGCGCGCGACCGCGCCCACAAGCGCGACACCGCGCUCAAGCUG